AUGCUAAAAGUACUGUUAAUAGCGGGAAUCCGAUGGGAAACAGACAAAACCGUUGCCAAAGCAAAACUCGGAUACGGUGGAUACGGUGAUCAUCAGCAAUUCAUUUCCCCGGGCACUCCUUACGUUCAUCAAAACAAUCCGGACGUUGGAGGAUAUGGUGGUUAUGGUGGAUAUGGUAGAUAUGGUGGUGAGGCACCUCCCAUCCUGGACAGUCCAUACUUAAAAAAGCAGGUUUUCAACUCUUUAGAUGAACUAAAGAAACGGAUACAAGAAAUAGCAAACGCGGAUGGUUUCGUUAUUGUCACCCGUCGAUCAAAGAAAAUCGGGGGAAGAACCGGGAGGGUAUGGCUUGAAUGUGAUCGUGGUGGUGAGCACCAGAGUACAGCAACACUUAGAAAAGCUGGAAGCAAAAAAACCGGUUGCCCGUUUUACCUGCUGGCUGUCCGAAACCACCCGUAUGAAACCUGGGAGAUAAAAGACGGAACAAUUGAACAUAACCACGAACUUUGUGAGGACCUGUCGGCCCACACGUUUAUGCGAAGGUUUACUCCAAGCGAAAUGAAACUGAUCGAGCAGCUGACAGCUCAAAACAUGGAGCCGCGCAAAAUAUUUCAAACGAUAAGGAAGCAGGACCCCGACAGGUUUCAUGUUCAGAAAGACGUUCAAAACGUUGUAGCGAAGAUUAGAGCCGAACAAAGACAAGGAUUGACUCCCAUGCAGUCACUAGAAAACGUGCUGAUAAACAACGACUUUAUUUACGAGACACGGGAGGAACCCGGAACAGAGAUCGUAACAGAGAUCUUCUUUCUUCAUCGGGACUCGAGAGUCAUGUGGCAUGCAUUCCCCCACGUCAUGCUGAUCGAUGCGACGUACAAGACAAACAUAUACAAUAUGCCCUUUAUCCAGAUUGUUUGUAUGACGCCUACCAACGAAUCGUUUAUUAUCGCGCAUGCCGUUAUUAGUAAAGAACGGGGCGAUAACUUUGUGUGGGUGCUUGAGAGGGUAAAGUCAAUGUUGGAUGAAUGUAUGGAGCCAUGUGUGAUUUUAAGGAUAGAGACCUAG